AGCUGCCUGGGAACUGGGGCGCCCUCCCUCCCGCACCCCUCCGGGCCCUGCUCGCAGACUCUGCUGGAAAUCUGGGACGCCUGGGUUGGCGUCUCCACUGCUGGGCUGGGGCCCAGGCCACUUCUCCUAAAAAAGAUGGAGCAGGGUCCCCAGCAUAUCCCCGGGGGACCCCGCCUGCUGGAGGACGAGCUCAGCUUCUGCAGUCCUGCCUUCUCCAUCUCAAAUGAUUUCUCCCCCUGCUGCCCUGGGGACAGGAACCUGGCACACGGCGGUUCCUAAGGCAGAGCCGUCUGGUGACAGCCUCUGGCCGAGCAUGGCCCUCCCAGCCCUAGGCCUGGACCCCUGGAGCCUCCUGGGCCUUUUCUUCUUCCAACUGCUCUUGCUGCUGCUGCCGCCGCUGACUGCUGGGGCUGGUGGGCAGGGGCCCAUGCCCAGGGUCAGGUACAGUGCAGGGGACCCACGCAGGGCCCUGAGCCUCUUCCACCAGAAAGGCCUCCAAGACUUCGACACCCUGCUCCUGAGCGGUGGCGGGAACACUCUAUACGUGGGUGUCCGGGAGGCCGUUCUGGCCUUGGAUGUCCAGCACCCCGGAGCCCCACAGCUGAGGAGCAUGAUACCCUGGCCGGCCAGCGACAGGAAGAAGCACGAGUGUGCCCUGAAGAAGAAGAGCAGCGAGACGCAGUGCUUCAACUUCAUCCGAGUCCUGGUCUCCUUCAAUGCCACCCAUCUCUACGCCUGUGGCACCUUUGCCUUCAGCCCUGCCUGCACCUUCAUCGAAUUCCGAGAUUCCCAACUGUCACCCAUAUCGGAGAAAACGGUGAUGGAGGGGAAAGGUCAGAGCCCCUUUGACCCUGCUCACAAGCACACUGCCAUCUUGGUGGAUGGGAUGCUCUACUCAGGCACCAUGAACAACUUCCUGGGCAGCGAGCCCAUCCUGAUGCGCACGCUGGGCCCCCGGCCUGUCCUCAAGACGGACACUUUCCUCCGCUGGCUGCAGUCGGACGCCUCCUUCGUAGCCGCCGUGCCCUCGACCCAGGUCGUCUACUUCUUCUUCGAGGAGACAGCCAGCGAGUUCGACUUCUUCGAGAAGCUCCGCACCUCCCGCGUGGCUCAAGUCUGCAAGAACGACAUGGGCGGAGAGAAGCUGCUGCAGAAGAAGUGGACCACCUUCCUCAAGGCUCAGCUGCUCUGCACCCAGCCCGGGCAGCUGCCCUUCAACGUCAUCCGCCACGCGGUGCUGCUGCCCGCCGAAUCGGCCGCCGAGGCCCGCGUCUACGCGGUCUUCACCUCCCAGUGGCAGGUCGGUGGGACCAGGAGUUCCGCAGUUUGCUCCUUCUCUCUCUCAGACAUCGAGAAUGUCUUUAAGGGGCAGUUCAAGGAGUUGAACAAAGAAACUUCACGCUGGAUGACUUAUGUGAACCCUGAGACAAGCCCGCGGCCAGGCAGUUGUGCGGUGGGCCCCUCCUCUGAUAAGGCCUUGACCUUCAUGAAGGACCAUUUCCUGAUGGAUGAGCAGGUGGUGGGGACACCCCUGCUGGUGAAAUCCGAUGUGGAGUACACUCGGCUCACGGUGGAGACAGCCCGGGGCCUGGAUGGGCACAGCUAUGUGGUCAUGUACCUGGGCACCUCCACCGGCUUCCUGCACAAGGCCGUGGUGAGCCAGGCCAGCCGUGCUUACCUGGUGGAGGAGAUCCAGCUGUUCCCUGAGCCCGAGCCCAUUCGCAACCUGCAGCUGGCCCCCAGCCAGGGUGCAGUGUUUGCAGGCUUCUCUGGAGGCGUCUGGAGGGUGCCCCGGGCCAACUGCAGUGUCUACGAGAGCUGUGUUGACUGUGUCCUUGCCCGGGACCCCCACUGCGCCUGGGACCCCGAGUCGAGAGUCUGCUCCCUGCUGUGGACCCUGGACCUAAUGUCCUGGAAGCAGGACAUGGAGCGGGGGAACCCGGAAUGGGCCUGUGCCAAGGGCCCACUGGGCAGGAGCCACCGGCCUCAGAGCCGCCCCCAGAUCAUUAAAGAAGUCCUCGUGGUCCCCAACUCCAUCCUGGAGCUCCCCUGCCCCCACCUGUCCGUGCUGGCCUCCUACCGCUGGAGUCGUGGUACCAGGACUGUCCCCGAAGCCUCUUCCGCCGUCUACAAUGGCUCCCUCUUGCUGUUGCCCCAGGAUGGAGUCGGCGGCCUCUACCAGUGCAUAGCCACUGAGAACGGCUUCUCAUACCCAGUGGUCUCCUACUGGGUGCACAGCCAGGACCAGCCCCUGGCCCUGGACCCGGAGCUGGCGGGCAUUCCCCGGGAGCGUGUGCAGGUCCCGCUGACCAGGGUUGGUGGCGGGGCCACUGCGGCUGCCCAGCGAUCCUACUGGCUUCACUUUCUCGUCGUCACUGUCCUCCUCGCCUUAGUGCUCUCCGGGGCCCUCAUCGUCCUCCUGGCCUCCCCACUGGGGGCACUGCGGGCUCGGGGCAAGGUCCAGGGCUGUGGGACGCUGCCCCCUGGGGAGAAGGCCCCCUUGAGCAGGGAGCCACGCGUCCAGCCCCCCAAAGAAAGCCGGACCUCUGCCACUGAUGUGGAUGCCGACAACAACUGCCUGGGCACGGAGGUGGCUUAACCCGGGCGCAGGCUGGGCUUGAGUGGGACGUGCACCUAGCCAUGCUGGCUGCGGCCCCAAGCCGCUCAGCCCUGACUGGGGCGGGGGUGACAUGUGGGGUGACCUCCCUCCUCCUCCUCCUCCGCUGGAGCUUCUCCUGCCAUCUGUGCCGCCAGUAGCACGCAGGGGGCCCUGCAUGGAGCCUGGUCCCCAGUGCGACUCCCUUCUGCCAUGCACGGGGCUGUCUGAAGUGGGGUGCCCCCGACCCGCACCUGUGCUGUGACAGGAGGACCUGGAGAGGGUCCUUCCGUUCUGGCCAUCCCAGGAACCCUCCAGAAAAUCCCAUCCGGGAGACCCUAAAACCUGAGUGCUGCAGGACCUGACAGUAAUGAAGCCCAGACGGUAAAUAGCCCAGAGCUAGGACAACACUCCUGGAAACUCACUCUGAAGGCAGCUGCUACCUUGGACACAAACACCCCACUCCCAGGGGUCUGCAGGUCCUGCAGGGAGCUGACCAACCGCUCCCCUUACCGACUCCAGGAGAUUGUUCCUGGAGCCUGACACAUCCCUUCCGGCUUCGGCUGGGGCCGGCCCCGCGCUGUCCUGACUAACGUGGCAGGGGUGGUCCGAGUUUCGUUCUCCCCUUCACCCUGGCUGACCCCGACCUCUCCUCUCUCUCCCUUUGUUUGAAAACUGCUUGUCACAGGAGAUUUAUUUUUAUUAAAAAGAGAAAAGCUUA